CCGGCGUGAAAUCAACGCCUGAAAGAAAGAACACUCAAGAAGCGUACAAGCGACGUGGGGAAAUCACGAAAUCAUCACCUAUAUAAACUGAAAGCAGAGAGAUCCCUUUUCAUCUCAUCCCUAUACAGUCUCUACAAACCCUAAAGCUUGAUUUCAGUUUCUCAGAAUCCGAAUCGUUACCAAAUUUGAAGAUCGAGAAGCAAGAAUGAGGAUUGAUGUCUCUGAGCCAGUGCUAUGCGGUUGCGACACGUGUGUCCAGCAUCGCACUUUAUGCAUGUCCAAUACUCAAGAAACCGAACCGAGCAAUGUGAUUGGCUCAUCCGUUACUUCAGUUCCUGUUAGUUCCGAACCAGUGCAAGCUCUUGGCGAUGAGUUUUCUUCCGCUCUUGGUUCAACCUCAGACCAAAGUUCCGAAACAGAGACUCCAUUCGCUCCUCCUGUCACCACAUCGGUUAAUCCUGAACCAGCGCAGUCUGAUGACUCAACCAUCUUCAAGUUCCCACCAGUUAGUUCCGAGCCAGCACAAGCUCUUGCCCCUACCGCUGCUUCCGGUUCAAUGCAAGGCACUGCUUUUGGUUUUGGUGCAUUUGCUGCUCACAGAUCAUCUUUCUUCGGUGCAUCUUCCACCUCCGCAGUUAACGGUUCUUCGCCAUUCAGUUUCGCACCUCCUGUUACAUCGGUUAGUUCGGCACCAGUGCAAUCUCUAGGCACAACCACUACAUCCGCCGCUUCUGCAUCCUCAACUUCAUCUCCAGCUAACAGUUCUUCUUCACCAACCACAUUCCAGUUUGCUCCUGCUUUUACAUCAGUUGCUCCUUCCGGACCAUCUACAUUAGGGCCAAUGCAAGCUCCUACUUUUGCCAGACCUGAUGUUGGUGUCUCUCCAACAGCUCCUUCAGGGUAUUUUGGUCAAAAUCAGUUUUCUUCACCAAAAAAUCCAUUCGGAAGCUAUUUGCAUCCAGCGUUUGGUGGUAGACAUCCCUCUAACCUUUUUGGACCAAACCCACAAACUACUAUACCAGUGUCUGGUCGUAGUCCAUUUUGGGCUGCUGUUGAAACUGAACAAGGUAGUAGGUAUCCUCGCUAUGCACCUACACCAGAUCUUGAUUAUUCUGGAGGUCCGGGCAAGCAGAUUAUUUCCAUAUCUGCUUCCAACUCACAUGGACAUAAAAGUCAUGAAGAACUGAGGUGGGAAGAUUACAAAAAGGGAGACAAAGGUGGGUUUGGGUGGUUUCCUGCUGCUCAUACAUCUCCCUUUUCCUCACCAACGGUAUCACAGUCGUUAUUUGCUUCUCCAAGCAUACCUCAUCGUCGUCCUCAGAUGAGAACAAUUGUUCAACCGCACGGAGACAUGACUGGUUUUCCUUUUGGCUACACCUUCCCCACUGCUGUUCAGAGACCCGCUGGUGUUUCUUCCCCAGCAUCUGGAUGCACAGCGUGUGGAGCCACGAGUAGCUCCUCUCCUUCUAGUCCCUUGGGCUUGAACGGUACCACCACAAAUCCUCCAUCAUUUGCGGCAUCUCUUCCCGGGUUGUUCUUAUCUACCUAUGGUUCUUGUCCUUUGCUGUUUGGCACACCAAAUUUUGCUGCUUACGGUGCAACAACUGCUCCAGCGGUCCAAGCCUAUGCUGUGAUAUUUGGUACAAAUUUUACUCCUCAAGGUGCAACAGCAACUCCAGCAGUUCAGCUCUAUCCUAUGAUGUUUGGAACACCAAAUCUAGCUGCUCAAGGUUCAGCAACAGCUCCAGCAGUUCAAGCCUAUCCUAUGAUGUUUGGGACACACAAUCUUGCUGCUCAAGGUGCAACAGCAACUCCAGCAGUUCAGCCCUAUCCGAUGAUGUUUGGAACACCAAAUCUGGGAGCUCAAGGUACAACAACAACUCCUGCAGCUCAGCCCUAUCCUAUGAGGUUUGGUGUUACUCAAGCUACAACAACUCCAGCAGCUCAGCCUUAUCCUAUGAUGUUUGGGACACCAAAUCUUGGAGCUCAAAGUAUAACUCCAGCAGCUCAAGCCUAUCAUCCUCCCGUUAAUGGUUUAAGUAUUCCAUUUGCCGCCAUGAGUCUGCAGUAAUUUGCUCCUCGCUCUGCAUCAAAGUUGUGUCUUUUAUCUUGUAGUUCUAAGGUCUUUGUUUUUCCUUAAAGAGUCAUAAACCAAGUGUCGUCCCAACUUUAUGAUUUUCAGCUAAUCAUGGAUGUAAACAAGUCUCGUAAAACAUCGUUAUUUUGAGUUUA